AACAAAAUGGCGGCAGAUUUGGAUUUGAGAAAAAUAGACGAGAAAGCAAUCACAAAUUUACAGGCUCAUGUUCGUGGUGCAUUUGUGCGAUCAAAGCUAGAUGAAGUGCGACAAGAGUUCGAAAAUAUUGUUCACGAAUUGGACGGGCCAAGUUUUCGUGUUUUGUGGAAUUCAAAAACUUUAUCAUUUCCUUUGGUCACAAACAAUAUUGAAAAGGACGAAGAAAUACCCACCUUUGAUAGGCAAACAGGCAAAAACGAGGAAAUCGAGACUGCAGAGACCAGUAGUGAUGAUCAGGACCAAACAAUUACAUUAGAAAAUGUUGAAAACCUAAAUGUUAGCAAAGACAAGCUGACCCACAAUUCAUMUACGGAGUCAGUUAGACAAAAUCUUGAAGGAAGAUUUGACAUGGCACAUACCAAAGAUAUAGAGUGGACUGUUAGCAAAGAAGGCAAAAGAGAUCCUCUAAAUGAUGUUGAUACUUUGUCAGAAGAUUCAAGCGAUUUUGCAUCUGCAAAGGAUUUUGAGAUGUCUAAGCACAAUUUGAAUGCGAAAGAUUCUGAAUAUGAGAAUGCAAAGGAUUCUGGGAGUGGAAAAUUUCAUCCAAUAAAGGAUUCUGGGUACCUUGGAGUUUCUGGGAGUAUCAAAAAUGAUGCCAAAACUGCAUUUUUUGAGGAUGCAAAAGAUUUGGAUAAUGUAAAGGAUUUUGAAAGCACCAGGAAUCAAGAGAACCCUAAUGUUUCAGUGAAAACAAAGGAUUCUGGGCAUUCAAUUGCAAAGGAUCAUGGGUAUCUACAUGCAAAGGAUUCUGGGAGUAACACAACCUCUGUGAACUGCCAAUCAGGAAUGACAAGUCCUGUCUUCUCGCAACAUAGUACACCCGUACCAACACAGAACACUAGAAUUAACAGACACCUUGAGGGACACCCAGUACUUACAGAGAGUUGGAUGACUGACAAGUCCUUUGACCCAGUCAGAAGUGAUGAAGCAAGCASCAUAUCAGACCUGUCUGUCAGCGACUUACAACAUAGACGAGAGCAGGUUUCCAUGGAGUUGCUAUGGACACAGCAGGCUAUUGAGAGUCGGAAAAACUACCUGAGACUUAAAAAGAAAAUAGAACAGAGGACUGACUCAGAAUAAGACUAAUCCUAAGGACAACUGAGUCUUGAAAGGGACAAAAAUGGGAAGAAAUAGAACAAAAGCCUGACUUAGAAUAAAACUAAUCCCUAAGGACAAUUGAGUCUUAAAAGAGAAAAAUGGGAAGAAAUGGUAAGAAAAACCAUGCCUAUUAUUCAUCUCGAAAGCAAAAAAUACAAAGAACAAUAAAAAAAGGACAAACAAUAUAACUCAUACAAGCUGAAACCUUUAAAGAUCAGUUUUAUAAUGCUUUAAUUUUAAUAACUUAUCAUUACAAUUUACUGUCCAUACACAAUGGUAAAAAAUACGAAACAAAUCAUGUGAUUGUGUCGAAAAUUUAUCUUCAUUCUGUACUAAGUUACCCUUAAUAUUUUACCUUUAAUUUAUAGUGGACUGUUAAUUUCUCAUUCAAACUGCACCAGAACCAUUAUUUCUUGUUAAGUUAUUCUAUUUAGAAGUCUGCUGUUACAGAAACAGGUUGCACAGGAGGAUAUGAUGACAAUGAUAACGAUGAAAAUAAUCCUUAGCGUUUUAGUUAGUGUUGAAUUUGAUUUAUAUCAUUUUGAAGUUUUACUUUUAAAGAAUACAAACGAGUCAGAAGGGUUAAGGAAUCAUCGAUUGCUUUCUCUCUUAUACCUUUAGCUCAUUUUGAUUACAUUUUAGGUCAAGGAAGUUUGAAACACAGUGUAUCAUGGGAUAUCUGUUUAACCACAAGGCAUCUUGGGUAAUCUGGAGACUUUAAUGUAUAUCAUUGACUUAAGAGUGUCGAAAGAUUGCAUCGAUCAGUAGAUCACAAUGGUAGUAAUUGUUUUGAAUUGUGGUUUUAAUUUUAAAAAUGAUAGAAUGGCAGUCAAAAAUUUCAGAAGGGAGUAGAAAGUAAGAAAUAAUGGAUCUGGCAGGAAACAGUUUUAACACAAUUUACUGAACCAAUAUGUAUCCGAACG